AGCAUUUAAGCAGAAGGUCCACACAGACGAUAUCAGCCAAUCCCUGCUAAAAAAAAACCUCUGACAGAUGACUGGGUCUUUGCCUUUAUGUCUUGCAACAUCUGCAACUUAGAGACUUUGUGAUCAUUAAGCCCCGAGCUUUAAGGAGGAUGCCCUGAUGAUACACAGCAGGAAACAGAGCCAAACAAGAGUAUAAACGCUUGAAACUGUAAUGGAUAUUCACGGAGUAUUUACCUCAUGUCGUCAUAUGCAGGAAGGUUCAUAACCUUGAAUGUGAGGGAGGGGCUGCUGGACACUAAGACUGAUAAUGGAUUGUUGGAAAGUUCAAACUGACACACCGUGAAUGAUGGGAAUGUUUUGAUUUGAUCCUGCUGGAGCUCCGUGUUGCAGCCUGAUAAGUUUUUACUGAUGUUUUUAAUGGAAACUGCCUCUAAGGAAAGUGGUGUCUUUCAAUCGUUGUUUGUGGCGGCAGGUUUUUAUUCGGAGGAGAGCUUUGUCAAUCAGACAGAUGUGCCCUUUAUCAAGGAAUACGAAGACUGAAUAUUAACCACUUGAGGAAAAAUACCAAGUAAACAGCUGGUACCACAGGAGAUAAGGCCUUUUUCCAUCUUCAUAGCAGUUUGGUUUUAAAUUGGAAAACCUGAUAAAAAGUAUUUUUGCAUCAUCACCUGUAGUCUGAGGUCUUCAUGGAGCACUCCCCCUCUAUGAACUUGUCCGUGGUGGAUGGCGACGAUGUGGAGGACCACCGCCCACUCCUCCCACCACGGAUGGUGCUGCAACCUCAGGCCUGUGCUCCCCAGUGUGGGAUCCACCACACGGUCCAGACCUCCUCGGAUCACCCCGUGUGGCUGGACCGAACCCAAGCCAUGGCCACCACACCUUUAUACAACGGCCAUCUUUACGUCACACCUUCACCUCGCACCAACAGGAGGGCAGACAAAACUAAAGGCAAGGAGAGGAAAUGUGAGAGAAGACCAGGGGGGAGUCGAGAAAAUCUGGCCCAUAAGGACUGUAAUCAGAGGUGCAAAAGCAAAAACACAGGCGGUCACAGAUUCCAGGAGAAAGUUACCUCUUUCACUGAUGUCCCCAUUUCUCCCUGUGGGUCACCUUAUAAAGGGGCGUCCAGGUCACACGUAGAUAUUAAAGAUGGUGAUUGUAGAGGAUGUCGAAAGUCAGGGAACGUUUCACUGGAAAUGCAAGACCGCCAGAAUCUCCCAGAGAUCAUCAUCACCAAUAAGGAUGAGGACAUUCAGCCUCACAAGGAGAUCCAAUACCACAAGGACAUCUCACAGUCUGCCAAAGGAAUGCUGCCAGGAGCUCAGUGUCCCAGGUCGCACCCCAACCCUCACACCAGCCCAAAGAACAAGCUGGAUGCCAAGAACGACCCGUACUGGAAGACCCACAACAUCGGUUGGCGCCUGGUCCGCCGGAGGGCCUUGUUCCUGAGGAGGCAACGGCUGAAUGACUGCGCUCUGGCAGUGGGGAUAUUUGGCGUGGUGAUGAUGGUGAUGGAGACAGAGCUCUCCUGGAGUGUCUACAGCAAGAGCUCUAUCUACUCCCUCACACUUAAAUCCGUCAUCAGUUUGUCUACGAUCAUCCUGCUCGGCCUCAUCAUUGCGUACCACUGCUGUGAAGUGCAGCUGUAUGUCCAUGACAUCGGGGCGGAGGAUUGGAGGAUUGCCAUGACAACCGAGCGGCUGACCCUCAUCGCCCUGGAGCUGGCCGCCGUGGCCAUCCAUCCCUAUCCCGUGGGUAUCAUGUCGUACUUCCAGCAGACCAAAGCGCGCCUGUCGUUGUCAGAGACGGAGCUGGAGAUCGUCCUGGCUCUGCCCAUGUUCCUGAGGCUGUACCUGCUGGGCCGAGCCAUGAUGCUGCACAGCCGCCUCUUCACUGACACCGCAUCCAGGAGCAUCGGAGCUCUGAAUAAGGUGGGCCAAGAGGUCUGUAGACGUGUGCAUCUUGAGAUUCACUUCAACACAAGAUUUGUGGGAAAGACACUAAUGACCAACUACCCCGGGACUGUGCUGAUGAUUUUCAGCGUUUCUCUGUGGAUUGUGGCUGCAUGGGGCUUACAUGUUUGUGAGAGGCAUCACAACUACAGAGACCUGAGUAGUAACUACAUGGAAGCCUUGUGGAUGGUCUCUGUCACCUUCUUGUCCAUCGGAUACGGAGAUGUGGUGCCUCACACCUACUGUGGACGUAGCAUCUGCCUCCUCACUGGGAUCAUGGGAGCGGGCUGCACAGUUCUGGUGGUGGCGGUUGUUGCCAGGAAACUGGAGUUGACCAGAGCAGAAAAACAUGUUCAUAACUUUAUGAUGGACUCCCACAUCACUAAAAGGAUAAAAAUUGCUGCAGCAAAUGUGCUGAGAGAGACUUGGCUUAUCUACAAAUACACUAAGCUGUCCAGAGAAAGAGACCACACCAGAGUCCGCAUGCACCAGAGGAAGCUGCUUCUGGCCAUUCACCAGCUGCGACAAGUUAAAAUCGAGAAAAGGAUCCUGGCAGAUCAGAGUAACACACUUGUGGACCUCUGCAAGGUGAGAGAGAUGCAGAACCUGAUGUAUGACGUGCUGUCGGAGGUUCAGGGCUGCAGAGAGGAGCUGGACACACACAUCCACGGUCUGGAGAAGAACGUGGAGGAGCUGAGGGAGGGCUUCAGGAGUCUGAUGCCACUCCUGUCCAGUACCCUGUCCACGCAGAACUCCUCCAUCCGCCACCUCCUCAGGGAGAGAGAGGUGAAGUCUGAGACCGCGGGGGUGAGUGGAGGAGACAGGUAGACGGAGGCUGAGGCUGAGCAGACCAUACAAACAAACAGUGCUGUCAAGCUUCUCCUGGAAGAGAUCUGUAUUUAAAACAACCCCAAAAUGAUCCUGUUAGGGGUAGUUUUCUUAUGGAGUCAGACACAUAUAGAAGUAAAAACAGGUGAAAAAUGCAACAUCAAGUGACUUAAUAACUUCCUUCAGUGGAAUCGGUUUUAUAAGUGUGAACUCUGUGGACAUUUUGAUGAUGGUGGUGACUUCAUGUGUAAUUUCAUACCCAUCUCACAGCCCUCAUACCCUGUGGAUAGGGAGCAUUGUCAUCAAUCAACAUGUCACAAGAGGGCGCAAGUGUUUAACAGCCCCUGACCAGCCUGGGUUGGUGAUCAGACUUGUUCCUUUUUAGUUUCUUUAAAGAAUAAAUAAGAGCUUUGUACUGCAAUGAAAAAUAGAAAUGUACCAUUGUAGGCAACCCCAAAAAAUGAACAGGAUUAUGAUUAUUAUGAUUGAUUAUGGUGUCUAUAGCAGAAAGAAGAAAUAAUUUUCUCUCCAAGAGCCAUUAAGUGCGUUUGGACCCCAGCCUGUCAUCCUGAAAGAGACCACUCCAGGACUUCACAACAAAACAAAAAAAAUGUGUUUGGAGUUUCUAACUACACAGCAAAAUGCAUUAACACCAUGAUCAGAUGCCACAAAACUUUUUUACAUUUUCAACUAUUGUCUUACAUGUAGAGUAUUUUAGAAACAAAUGUCACCUGUCUGUACAUUAAUUGUAUAAAUUCGACACAUGUUGUGUAGCGGAAUUACAUGAUGUACCUGUAGGAUUUAGUGACUGAGUUCCUUCUUUUGAAGGCAUACUUCACCUGUCCUGCAUUUAAUGAAAAUGGACCAUUUGGCAGAUAAUUUAACCUCUGAAACAUGUGGUCAAUAGCAGAUUUAUAUAGAUUAAUAGUUUUAUCUGUACACAGGGUUCUUGCGUAUUCCAUGCUUUUGACACAAUUCUCUGAAAAAUGGUUACUUUUGAGUACAAGUAACUACAUGUUUGUGUAAAUAGAUUGCUAUAAAAUCCAACAGUACACUGUAACAUUGUUAUAUUGCCAACCAGUUGCCUGAACACUGUAUCAUAUAUAUACAUAUUCAUGUGGAUCUUCUGAAUGACUGUUCAUUCCAGGUGAAGAGGCAGCUGUGUAGGAGUGAACAUAUACACUUCUGGCCUUCAUUUAUCUAAUGUCCUGGUUUAACCUCAGUGGUCGACACUGGCCAUUUUCAGCCAGAUUCAAGCAGCACAAAACACUUCUUGUAUGGCUCAUUUUUAGAGACUACAUAUUUUGUAUUUUAGAGAAAAAAAAAAAAAACUUUUCCAUACUUACCCUGUUCCAGAACUUACAUUUCACAAUUCUCUAGAUUGGAACCUUGUGUAAACUACUGAAAUCUACAGUAAAAUAUUGUACCAUUUUAAGCAUCAAUGAUUAAAUCCAGAUGUACUUUCUAAUAAAGAGAUGUUUUG